CUGAACGUCGUGAACGAUGUCCACGAGCAUGCUUAGGUCGCGCUUGUCGCAAGCCUCUCGCACCCCUUCCACAUCCUCCACCUUCACUUUAUCUCGCACCCUCCACACCACACCUACCUUGCUUGCCCGCUCCCGGUCUUCCGCAAAUAAUACUGGCAACCGAAGUAAUCGCAAAACGAACGAACGACGACGCGUCGAACUCGAUCGCGUAGCCGUCGCGAACAAGCCUCAUAUCGUUCUCGGGACGAAACCGGGAGACGAGGCGAAAUGGGAGGGAUGUGACUUGAAGAAGAUACUGGUUAGUGAGGAGGAGUUGAGUCCACCGAAGGAUGGGGAGCUUGUCGAUGAUGUCAAUACCCCAGGCGUCAAGGUCCCCCGCUCACUAAAUUACGGCCUCCGCACCGCCGAGAAAAACCUCCUCUUCGGCCACCUCCCCAUCGUCUGUGCCGAUGCGCGAGCCCUCCACGUCAACGACGACCUCCUCGGCUCCAACGCCGCAUCUACUACACUCGGACAAUCGCAAGGCCAUAAAUCGAACUGGGAGAUCGUGCAGCGCACUUCGGAGGAGGAGUUGAUGCUUGCGAGGGAGAGGGCGAACAGGCUUGCGCGGUUGGUGGAUCUGAGGAACGCGAAUGCGAAGGGGGUCAUGCAUGAAAACAGGAGGCGGAUCGUGGAGGCGUUUGGGGAGACUAGAGAGGAUACGGGCAGGCCAGAGGUUCAGGCGGCGCUGCUGACCCUUCAAAUUCGCAAUAUGUGGACACAUCUCACCCGCGUCCCACAAGAUAUACACAAUCGCCGGAACCUUCGUCGACUCGUCCACGCUCGCGCAAAAGUCCUGCGUUAUCUGAAGAAGGUGGACAGGGAUCGGUACGAUGCCGUUCUUGCGAGGGUGGGCGUUGAGGCGGCGGCGGUUGAGGGGGAGUUGAUCGUCUGAGUGGCGUCACAGCGUUUGGUCCUGCAAAUAUCGUGUGUUGGGGCUCAUUUCGGGACAAUAUUGCUUAUUUUUUCCAAUAAUAUCGUCUCCCCUCUGAUGCUAACGUCCCUGGACUUGACUAACGC